GUGGAUUACUUCAGGCAACCUAGUCGACCUUCAUCACAGCUCUCGGACAACUGGGUCUUGCGCUUCAGUGCACUAAAACGGCUCUAUAGGUUAAUGACACAGUACUUCGCGGAUGUUCUCCAGAAACCAACAAGUGGUCUGGAUGUCCCAGAUUUGCAAGCCAUCGCAAAGGAUUUCAAUGUCGCUGCUACAUUAAUCAUGUGUCGCAUUACUAUCGCUAUCGCGGUGCAGUGCGAGAAGAACAAGGAGAUCAUCGAGAAGAUACAGCGUCUUAGUGAGACUGAUCAGCACUAUCUGAUGAAGGCCAUUGAACAGGUCAUGAUCAAAAUCAGCUCACCUCAAGAUGACAGAGGAGUUGGAGAAGUUAGUAUGACUGAGGACGAUCAUUAUUAUCGAAUUCAGUCAGAACGAAGUCAGAUACUUUCGGAGAAAGAAACGCUGGAAAAA